AUGACACUGCUAGACUCAGAUUUCUGGAGCGACAGCAUGAUAGUCUUGCACUACAUAAGAAAUGACGACAAGCGAUUUCAGACGUUUGUUGCCAACCGCGUUGCCAAGAUCCGUGAGCACUCAUUACCCACUCAGUGGCGAUACGUGAAUACUCAAUCCAAUCCUGCAGAUGACGUUUUACGAGGACGUACUGUACAAGAGCUUCUUGACAAUGAGCGGUGGAUACAUGGGCCCAGCUUCCUAUGGCAGAAGGAAGCGACUUGGCCAGUGCAGCCUGAAUUUUCUGAAAAGGCUCUAAGCCACGAUGUUGAGGUUAAGAAGGAACCUCGAGUGUAUAACGUAGCGAUUGAUGCCGGAGGCGACGUCAUCCAUACCCUGUUAAAGAGACAUUCAGCAUGGUAUAAACUCAAGAAGGCCGUGGCUUGGAUCCUACGUGUUAAAGGCAUUCUUCGCCAUAGAAUUCAGAAAGCCACUAUGACAACCCAUAUUCGUGGACAACUCACAGUGCACGACAUUGCGACUGCUGAAAUGGAGAUAAUCAGAUAUAUCCAGGGAACGAGCUUCAAUGAUGCCCAGCUCAAGUUGAGCAAUAUUCGUAAACUUGCACCCAUGACAUCUAGAGACAACAUAAUCUGUGUUGGAGAGUGA